AUGGGUGCCUCAAAUACUAAACCAUCAAAAUCUUUUAUUAGUAAGAGAUUAGAAGAAGCUACUGAUAUUUUAAUAGACAAAUUUCAACCAUCAAUUGAAAAUGUAAAUAUGUUGUCAACCUCUAGCAAUCUUACAAUUGAUACAUAUAAUGAACUCGGAAAACAUUUAAUAUAUUAUUCUGGAGUUAUUUUUAAAUUGGUUAUAGUUUUAUUAAUUUUAGUUAUUUGGGUUCAAAUUAAACUAAUAAUGACAGAUCCAUGGUAUAAUUAUCCAAUGAUUUUUUUCAUUUCCAUUCUUUUGUACUCCAAAAUUAAACUUAAAUAA